UCAUCAUCAUCAUCAAUACAUCAUUUCACUCGCCCACUCACUCACUCCACACGCUCGCUUCACUCACUGCUCUCUUUGCUACACACUCUCUGCUGCUACUAAGCUAACAGGCACCACACGCUUUCUUUCACUCUCUCUCUCUCUCUGUUCUCGCUGCUGAGAGAGCACCAAAAUCUAAAAACGAAAAUGGCCAACAAGUUUCCCAAUUCCCAUUUUACCCCUACUUUCCUACUCUAUUUUCUUCUGCUAUUCUCCUCCAUUACCCCAAACCCCAUUUGGGCAGUCAACAUCACCGCCCUCCUCUCCUCCUUCCCGGACCUCUCCGACUUCACUUCCCUCCUCUCUUCUUCCUCCGUUGCUUCCGAUCUGGCCCAUCGAUCCUCUCUCACCCUCUUCGUCGUCCCUAACCCUUAUCUCUCCGCCUCCUCCGACCUUACGCGGCGCCUCUCUCCCACCUCACGCGACGACCUCCUCCGCUACCACGUCCUCCUCGAAUACCUCUCCUUCUACGACCUCCGCCGGAUCUCUCCCUCUGGCAAGCUCGUCACCACUCUCCUCCAAACCACCGGCCGAGCCACCAACAACUUCGGCUCCGUCAACAUCACGUACGACCACCUCACCGACGUCGUCUCCAUCCGCUCUCCGGCGCCGUACUCGCCGUCGAACGCCACUGUCCUCGACCUCAUCAAGACCCUUCCGUACAAUGUCAGCAUCUUCGCCGUUAAUUCACUCCUUGUCCCUUAUGGGUUCGACCUCAUGGCGUCGGAGACUCGGCCUCCGCUGGGAUUGAACAUCACCAAGGCUUUGAUCGAUGGCCACAACUUCAACGUUGCGGCGUCGAUGCUGUCCGCCUCCGGCGUCGUGGAAGAGUUCGAGGCCGACGAAGGUGGCGCUGGGAUUACGCUCUUCGUCCCCACCGACAACGCUUUCGCCGAUUUGCCGGCGAACGUGCGACUACAGUCGUUGCCGGCAGAUAAGAAAGCCGUGGUUUUGAAGUUCCAUGUGCUGCAUUCUUACUACCCGUUGGGCUCUCUGGAGUCGAUUGUGAACCCCGUACAGCCCACAUUGGCGACGGAGGACAUGGGUGCUGGCAGCUUCACCCUCAACAUCUCGAGGCUUAAUGGGUCUGUGGCCAUCGAUACCGGGAUCAUCCAGGCGACGGUGACCCAGACUGUGUUCGAUCAGAAACCGGUUUCCAUUUUUGGGGUCUCUAAGGUAUUGUUGCCUAGAGAGAUCUUUGGGAAGAACCCGGUAGUGACGGAGAAGCCAGGGAGUUCGAUAUCGGGUGGUGCUCAGCCGCCGGCAAUCGCUCUCUCACCGGAUAAUUCGGCCGGAUUUAAUGGAUCUCCGUCGCAUCUUUCGUCUCCUCCAGGUUUCCGCGAAGACUUGCGAUCAGAAGCUGCCAUCGUUGAUGGCCUGCGGAGAUUGGGUCUGGCUUUGUGUUGUAUAGGAUUGUAUCUAGUGAGUUGAGCAGCAGCUGAGUUUUCGAAGCCUUGAAAAACCCACGUGGGUUAUGAAGUCCAUGCGAGUCCAGAUGGUGGAAAAUGCAGAUUUCUCGGAGUUGAAUAAAGAAAAUUUCAGCAAUUAGGGAGAAAAAGAAAAUGGUAGCGUUGUUCCAAAAGGUACAAACUCUAGCAUUCUUUUUGACGUAAUAUCCAGUUCUGAGCUUUUUAGAACCGCAAAUUAUUCAUGCAAUUCUUUUUUCCUUCUGAAUUUGGGUUCUGUUUCGCUGCUAAAGAGUUUGAAUUUGGAAUGUUCAUGGUGGUACUGGUUAGUGCUCUCGUAUGGUAUAAAGUAUAAACUACAAAUUUCUUAAAUCUUUGGGUGAGUUCCCUCGUGGACAAACACAGCCUUGUAUUAAUAUAUUUUAGUUGAUAAUCGGAGAAAUUCCAAAAAUUGGCAGAGUUGAUAUAUUAAUAAAUAUAAAUAUUUAUUUAAUAAUUAAUAAAUUAAAGGUUGAAUAUCAGAGAAUCAUGUUUGCAGUUUUGGUGGAUUUAUUUAUUAUAUAUUAUAAUUGGUGGUUUUCUAUUUUCAGUCUUCAAGGCUAGAAAGUUAAACAAAAUAAAAAAAUAAAAAAAUUUGCUGGCAAUUAAGGGAUGUAAUUAGUGAAAAAGGAAGUGGAUGACAGAGGGACAGAUAUGUGGGCCCCACAAAAUGGAGGGUUGUGAUGUGAUCUAAGGAAUACGAUAAAGUGGGGGAAAAAAAAUCUGGUGGUAUCCACGUCACGCAAGUUGAUGCAAAUUGGGGAUGUUGAUUGGUCCAGCGGUGGACAGCGUACGGUCAGAUCUAGUGAGACUAAUCGGCAGUUCGAUGCUAUCUACGGUGCGUGGUUGUAGUCAGAGAUGAUGCUGAUGCUGAUGCUGCUUUUUUUUUCUCUGCGAUUACAUCUGUUUGUGGGCACUGUCGGAUGUUGUUUCCUUCUAGAUUUUACAGAUGAUAAUGGGUCCCCUUCAAAGGACCUCUUUUUCUUUUUUUCCUCCAUUAUUAUUUUUUUUAAUUUUUUUUUUUUGUACUAAACGGCAUUGCAAAAGUCUCACAACUAGUAAUCUCACUCAAAAGUGAUUUUAUUUUUUAUUUUAUAUGUAUAUAUUUUUGAAAUCGAUUUUUUAUUUCA